AUGGAAAAUUACCAAAAAGUGGAAAAAGUCGGCGAAGGGACGUACGGCAUCGUCUACAAAGCCAAAGAGCUCUCCACCGGUCGCAUCGUCGCUCUGAAGAAGAUCCGACUCGAGCCGGACGAAGAAGGCAUUCCGUCCACAGCCAUGCGCGAGAUCUCGCUCCUCAAGGAACUGUCGUCCCACCCGAACGUCGUGUACCUCUAUGACGCCGUGUACCAGAAGAACAAGCUCUACCUGGUCUUUGAAUUCGUCGAGCAGGACCUCAAGCGCUGUCUCGAGAAGCUCCCAGCGAGGAUGGAGGUGUUCCAAGUCAAGAGUUACCUGUACCAGCUUUUGGCAGGGAUUGCCUUUUGCCACGCGAAUCGCGUGCUCCAUCGCGACCUCAAGCCGCAGAACUUGCUCAUUGACCAAUACGGGAACCUCAAGCUCGGCGACUUUGGACUGGCAAGAGAGUACGGCGUGCCAUUGAGACGCUAUACGCACGAAGUCGUGACGUUGUGGUACCGAGCACCCGAAGUCCUGCUGGGGGCAAAGCACUACUCGACGCCUGUGGACUCGUGGUCCAUUGGCUGCAUUUUUGCCGAAAUGGUCAACAAACAGCCGCUGUUUCCAGGCGACUCGGAGAUUGACGAACUCUUUCGCAUUUUUCGCGUGCUGGGGACACCGGAUGAGACGCUGUGGCCAGGCGUGUCGACGUUGCCGGACUAUAAGACGUCGUUCCCGCAGUGGCGGCCACAGCAGCUGUCGAAGGUCGUGCCGCAACUGGACCGCGUUGGUCAGGAUCUGCUCUCGCGUCUGCUCGUGUAUGAUCCCGGUAGUCGCAUAUCGGCCCGUGCUGCAAUGGCUCACCCGUGGUUUGCCGACUUGCACCCUCAAUAUGCUUCAUUCCGCAAUAAUGGCAAUGGAAAUGGCACGCAGACGUUUUUCUAA